CCCAGACUUUCUAGGAGAAGCAGUUCUCUGCGCAGGCGCCCUGCGCUCGCGGAGCUGUCUGGGUAAAAAUGGAUGCUCACGAUCUCUUUCGCCGGCUUGGCGUGGGGGCCAAAUUCGACGUGAGACGUUUCUCGGCGGACGCGGCGCGAUUCCAGGUAGGAAAAAGGAAAUAUGACUUUGAUUCUUCAGAGGUGCUGCAGGGACUGGACUUCUUUGGAAACAAGAAGUCUGUCCCAGGUGAGUUUGGAGCAUCAAGAACUCAUCAGGAGCUUCAAGAUGAAGAGAAAAAAGAAAGCCUAACUGAAAGGAAGAGGGAGCAGAACAAAAAAAAGAGGAAGAUGAUGACUUCAGAAAUUACUUCUCAAGAAGAAGGUUCUAUACAGUGGAUAUCAUCUGUGGAAGCAAAAAUUGAAGAUAAAAAAAUUAAAAGAGAAAAUAAACUAACUUCAGGGAAGUUGGAGAAUCUCAGAAAAGAAAAGAUAAACUUCUUCCGGAAUAAACACAAAAUUCAUGUUCAAGGAACUGAUCUUCCUGACCCAAUUGCUACAUUUCAGCAACUUGACCAGGAAUAUAAAAUCAAUUCUCGACUACUUCAGAACAUUCUAGAUGCAGGCUUCCAGAUGCCUACACCAAUCCAAAUGCAAGCCAUUCCAGUUAUGCUGCAUGGUCGAGAACUUCUGGCUUCUGCUCCUACUGGAUCUGGAAAGACUUUGGCUUUUAGCAUUCCCAUUCUGAUGCAACUAAAACAACCCACAAAUAAAGGCUUCAGAGCCCUGAUUAUAUCACCAACACGAGAACUUGCCAACCAGAUUCACCGAGAGUUAGUAAAAAUCUCUGAGGGAACAGGAUUCAGGAUACACAUGAUACACAAAGCAGCAGUGGCAGCCAAGAAAUUUGGACCUAAAUCAUCUAAGAAGUUUGAUAUUCUUGUGACUACUCCAAAUCGACUAAUCUACUUAUUAAAGCAGGAUCCUCCAGGAAUAGAUUUAACAAGUGUUGAGUGGCUGGUGGUAGAUGAAUCAGACAAACUGUUUGAAGAUGGCAAAACUGGGUUCAGAGACCAGCUGGCUUCCAUUUUCCUGGCCUGCACAUCCCAUAAGGUCAGAAGAGCUAUGUUCAGUGCGACUUUUGCAUAUGAUGUGGAGCAGUGGUGCAAACUCAACCUGGACAAUGUCAUCACUGUAUCCAUUGGAGCAAGGAAUUCUGCAGUAGAGACUGUAGAACAAGAGCUUCUCUUUGUUGGGUCUGAGACUGGGAAGCUUCUGGCCAUGAGAGAACUUGUUAAAAAGGGUUUCAACCCACCCGUUCUUGUUUUUGUUCAGUCCAUUGAAAGGGCUAAAGAACUAUUUCAUGAGCUCAUAUAUGAAGGUAUAAAUGUGGAUGUUAUUCAUGCUGAGAGAACACAGCAACAGAGAGAUAACACAGUCCACAGCUUCAGAGCUGGAAAAAUCUGGGUUCUUAUUUGUACAGCCUUGCUAGCCAGAGGGAUUGAUUUUAAAGGUGUGAACUUGGUGAUCAACUAUGACUUUCCAACCAGCUCAGUGGAAUAUAUCCACAGGAUCGGUCGAACUGGAAGAGCAGGGCAUAAAGGAAAAGCUGUUACAUUUUUCACUGAGGAUGAUAAGCCAUUAUUAAGAAGUGUUGCCAAUGUUAUACAGCAGGCCGGAUGUCCUGUACCAGAAUACAUAAAAGGUUUCCAAAAACUACCAAGCAAACAAAAGAAAAAGAUGAUUAAGAAGCCAUUGGAAAGGGAGAGCAUUAGUACAACUCCAAAAUAUUUCUUAGAAAAAGCUAAGAAUAAACAGAAAAAGGUCACUGGUCAGAACAGCAAGAAGAAAGUAGCUCUUGAAGACAAAAGUUAAAAACCAACUUUCUAAAAGACUUUAUCAGAAAUGGAGUUUAAUGAUCCCAGCAUGAAUGUUGUUUUCAUGGAAUACUUCAAAUCCUGUAAUCACCUGUAACAUUUGAAAGCAACUACAAGAACAUGGGACUGAUGAAAAAUGAUCCUAAACUA